AUGGUGGCUGGAAGACGAACAACAGUGGUGGCUGAGGGCGAACAACGAUCGUGGCUGGAGGACGAACCAGGAAGAUUGAAUGGAAAUGAAAUAUUUGAAAUUGAAGAUGAUGAACUUUUGGGAGAAUCUGAUAAUGUGAGAAUAAUGGAUGAUGUGAACACAUUGGAUGAUGAAUUGUUAGGAGAAGAUGGUCCUAUUGUGCCUAAGGUUGGGAUGAAGUUCAAAGAUGAGAAUGCAGUAUUGGGUUUUUACAAAUCAUAUGCUUAUGAUAUAGGCUUUCCAGUUAGGAAAAGGAAUUCGAAAAAGGGUGACGAUGGGGUUGUAAAACUUGAAGUAAAUGAUGUUGCUGGGAUUCCAUUGUACAAAAGUUUUAAUUCAGCAGUUGUUGAGGCAGGGGGAAAUAAGCAGAUGACUUGUGUGGAAAAAGAUUGUAGAAACUACAUUGAAAAAGUUAGGCUGUUAAGACUCGGGGAAGGAGAUGUUGUUGCAAUACAGGCAUACUUCUCGAGAAUGCAAAUUCAAUACCCUGGUUUUUAUUUCAGUAUUGAUUUGGAUGAGGAGGCUCGAUUGAAGAACGUGUUCUGGGCCGAUAAUAGGUGUAAGGAAGCCUACAAGGAGUUCGGUGAUGUUGUCACUUUUGAUACCACAUAUCUCACGAAUAAGUAUGACAUGCCAUUCGCCCCUUUUGUUGGCAUGAAUCAUCAUGGCCAAUCGAGAUUGCUUGGAUGUGGUUUAGUGUCAAAUGAGGAUAUCGAGAUAUGGUGUUUGUGGCAUAUUUUGAAAAAGUUACCAGAAAAAUUUGGGAACCAUGUUCAUAAGGGUUCUAUACAUUCAGCAAUUCAUGAAGUGGUAUAUGAAUCCCAAACUCUUGAAGAAUUUGAACAGGGUUGGGCUUCAAUGAUUAAUAUCUACACAUUGCAUGAGUACGAGUGGUUGUCAGGACUUUAUACAGAAAGAAACCGUUGGGUUCCAUGUUUUUUGAAGACAAGUUUCUGGGCAGGGAUGUCGACAAUGCAAAGAAGUGAGAGUAUGAGUGCGUUUUUUGAUGGGUAUGUUAAUUUGAGGACUUCGUUGAAACAAUUUGUUGAACAGUAUGAGCGAGCAUUGAAAAGUCAAGUGGAGAAAGAGUUUCACGCAGAUUUUAGAUCCUUUUCUCAAAUAGUCCCUUGUGCAUCAAUGUAUGAAAUGGAGAAGCAACUUCAGUCUGUCUACACAAUAUCAAAAUUCAGGGAAUGUCAAGAAGAGUUCACUGGAAUGAUGUAUUGUCAGGUUAUCUAUACCGAUGAGGGUUUAAUGGAGACGACAUACGACGUUCAAGAGGUUGUCAUGUUUGACGGAUGGAGGAAGAAGAAAAUAUUUAGAGUUUCGUUUCAGAGAGAGGACUGUCAUAUAGUUUGCAGCUGUCACUUAUUUGAAUUCAAGGGAAUACUAUGUAGACAUGCUAUAUUAAUUUUGGUACGCAACGAUGUCACUACGCUUCCUGAGAUGUACAUCUUGAGGGGAUGGCGGAAAGAUGUGAGAAGAGCCCAUUCGAGGGUCGCAGUCAACUACGAUGGUUGGGUCAAGACUCCCGAACAAAGAAGAUACGAUGAAAUGCGUAAAGCAUUUGACAAGGUCGCAGACUUGAUAGCAAAUAGUGAAUCACGAACUCAGACGGUUAUGGAGUGGAUUGAAUUUCAAUUGAAUGACUUAUCAAAAACAGGAACAAGUUAUGGGAGUAAUCUCCCUUCCCAACAAAAUGUUGAAGUUGCAUCCGGAAGUGCAGUACAAGAAAAUACUGGCAGUGUGAACAUUCAAGAUCCGAAUUGUGCUCGUCGCAAGGGAGCACCAAGGAAAAAUCGAAUAAAAGGCGCAUUAGAACGUACUUCGAAGAAAUCUAAGGUUGUUUCAAAAACAACGAAACGCACAAACUUGAGCCAAACUGCAUCACAAGAGGGACCGGUCAUCAUCCAGCCAUCACAACAGUCAAAUUUUACCAUGAUCACUCUGCUCACGUUUUCACAAUAG